AUGGCGGUGCAGUAUGAGUGCUGUGAUGUGGAGUUUUCAAAACGCGUACUGAUAAUUGUGGUGCUCGUGAUGUUCGCUGGAUUGAUGUCAGGGCUCACUUUAGGCCUCAUGUCCUUGAGUCUCGUUGAUCUUGAGGUCCUUGCAAAGUCUGGAACCCCUCACGAUCGCUACAAUGCUGCAAGGAUAUUGCCUGUUGUCAGGAAUCAACAUUUGUUGCUUUGCACCCUUCUAAUUUGCAACGCGGUAGCCAUGGAGGCCCUUCCAGUUUUUCUGCAUAGUCUCGUUGUUUGGUGGGGUGCUAUACUGAUUUCGGUGACAUUAAUUCUUCUGUUCGGUGAGAUUAUACCCCAAUCAAUCUGUUCUCGGUAUGGUUUAGCAAUUGGUGCAACAGUGGCUCCAGCUGUUCGUGUUCUUGUGUGGAUAUGUUUUCCUGUUGCUUAUCCAAUUAGCAAGUUGCUGGACUUUUUGCUGGGGACUCGACAUAAAGCCCUUUUCCACAGAGCUGAGUUGAAGACACUUGUAAAUCUGCAUGGCCAUGAGGCUGGAAAAGGUGGGGAAUUGACACAUCAUGAAACAACAAUCAUUGCUGGAGCACUUGAACUCUCUGAGAAGAUAGCUAGUGAUGCCAUGACUCUCUUAACCGAAACAUUUUGUGUUGAUAUUAAUUCAAAGCUUGAUAGGUAUCUGAUGAAUCUGAUAAUGGAGAAUGGACAUAGCAGAGUCCCUGUAUAUUAUGAGCAGCCUACAAAUAUUAUUGGACUUAUCCUGGUAAAGAAUUUAUUGACAAUUGAUCCAGAAGAUGAAGCACCAGUGAAAAGUGUGACCUUACGAAGAAUUCCAAGGAUUCCAGAAUCGAUGCCAUUGUAUGAUAUUUUGAAUGAGUUCCAAAAGGGUCACAGCCACAUGGCUGUCGUUGUUAAAAACUGGGACAAGACUGAGCAACAACCUUUCAACAAUAGCGCCUAUAGUAAGCACGUCCUAGAUGUGAAGGUGAAUAUUGACGGUGAUAAGCCUCACCAUGAGAAUAGUCUAAGAGCCAAAUUGUCACACCAUAAAUGGAAAAGCUUUUCAAACUCAAAUAAUUCGAAGAGGGGUGGUUCCAAGAGCAGAAAGUGGUCAAAAAAUGUGUACUCCGAUAUUUUGGAUAUAGAUGGAAAUUCUCUUCAAAAGCUGCCAGAAAAAGAAGAGGCUGUCGGAAUAAUUACAAUGGAAGAUGUCAUCGAAGAGCUUUUACAGGAGGAGAUAUUUGAUGAGACGGAUCAUGAUUUUGAAGACUUGUGA